AGUCUAAACUAACAUUCACACAUUCUUCUUCUCUCUAUUUUCCCUCUUUAAAACCCCUUCAUAUCCUUCCAACACAAGUGUCCAUCAUUAGAAGUUUGCAUCUCUAGCUAUUUUGCGCGCACAUCGAAGAAAGUGCCCUGCUAGUAAAAUCGGUCCAUUAAAAAUUAUUUCAAUCAAGAUCGAGCACGCUCGAUCAAGAAAAAAAAAGAUAUGAGUAAUAAUAAUAUUGUGGAGAAGGCAAUCAAGAGUUUAGGAAAAGGAUUUGAUUUAACAUGUGAUUUUAGACUAAAGUAUUGUAAAGGAGAUGAAAGGCUUGUGUUACUAAAUGAAAAUUUGAAGAAAGAGUUGAUGGUGCCUGGUUUUGGAGCUUAUGAAAAUGUACCAAUUGAUAUUAAGUGUGAUAAAGGUGAUAGAGUUCGAUUUCAAUCUGAUAUUCUUGAUUUUAAUCAGAUGUCUGAAUAUAUAAAUAGGAGAAGUUCAGUGCCUGGAAAAAUACCAUCUGGAAUGUUUAAUUCAAUGUUUGGAUUUGAGAGUGGUUCAUGGGCUAAUGAUGCAGCAAAUACAAAGUAUUUGGGGCUUGAUGGUUAUUUCAUCAUAUUAUUUGAUGUUCAUAUUGAUAGAUAUUCACUUGUUUUGGAUAAUCAAGUUAUUAAUGAUGUUCCUUCCACUUGGGAUCCUGCUGCACUUGCAAGGUUUAUUGAAAAAUAUGGUACACACAUAAUAGUGGGGUUAAGUAUAGGAGGACAAGAUGUGGUCCUAGUGAGGCAAGACAAAUUAUCAAAUAUGGAACCAUCACAACUCAAGAACCACUUGGAUGAACUUGGUGAUCAAUUAUUCACUGGCAUUUGCAACUAUUGUCCACAACAAUUCAAAUCAAGAGAACAAAAACAUAAGGUUAUUGAGGCAUUCAAUAUUUUUGAUCCACAACCCAACAUCUUAAGCAGCUUUCCAUCAGCAACAACCAAAAAUGGUGUAACUGUGAUAUGCUCAAAAAGAGGUGGAGAUUUAACAGCAAAUACACAUAGUGAAUGGCUUCUAACAGUGCCUUCAAUGCCAGAUGCAAUUGCCUUUAGCUUCAUUCCUAUUACUUCACUUCUCAAAGGUGUUCCUGGCAAAGGCUUUUUAUCACAUGCUAUCAACCUUUAUCUUAGAUAUAAGCCACCCAUAGCAGAUUUGCAAUAUUUUCUGGAUUUUCAAGCCCACAAGAUUUGGGCCCCUAUUCACAAUGAUCUUCCCUUAGGCCCAACUACAAAUAGGUCCAUUAGACCUCCAGCUCUUCAAUUCAAUUUGAUGGGCCCAAAGCUAUAUGUAAACCCAACUCAGGUAAUUGUUGGGAAGACACCUGUAACUGGAAUACGACUUUAUCUUGAAGGAGUAAAGUGUGAUAGGCUGGCCAUACAUUUACAACACUUGAUAAACACUCCAGUACUCCUACAAGACAAAAUAGAUGACCCGCUGACGUGGCGCGGGUCCGAAGACACACCCGACCAUCGAUAUUUCGAAGCCAUCCAAUGGAAAAAAUUCUCACACGUAUGCACGGCUCCCAUAAAGUACGACCCGAAUUGGGCACCUUAUGAGAGUGGCUUUAGUUUCAUCGUAACGGGUGCUCAACUCCACGUUAAAAAACACGAUACGAAGAGCGUCUUGCAUCUCAGGUUGUUAUAUUCUAAAGUUUCUAACUCAUGCAUCGUGCAGUCUCAGUGGAUGCAAUGUGCCUCCGAGAGUUGCACGAAAUCGUCAUCAGGUUUUUUAUCAGCUAUUAGUGGUGCAUCCUCGGUUCCCGGAUUUUUAUCCGAGAAACCGGUGGUGGUGGACUCGGGCGUGUACCCGACGGGCCCACCGGUGCCGGUGCAUACCCAAAAGCUACUUAAAUUUGUGGAUACAACACAAUUGUGUAGAGGCCCAUUGGAUAGUCCGGGGCAUUGGUUGGUUACCGGGGCAAAAUUGGAUUUGGAAAGAGGGAAAAUUUGCUUACGUGUUAAAUUCUCCUUGCUAAAUAUAUCUUCUUAAUCUUUUUCGUCUAGUACUCGUUGUGGGACUCCAAUUAAUUUGGAUUCGUACAAAAAAUAUAUUUUGAAAGGUAAAGUGUUUUUUAUCAAAGAGGACUUCAUUCACAGAGCUGAAAGUUGAAAUCUCCGACAAAGGAUGGAGAGCUAUAUAUUGAUGGUAAUGUUGUUUACUUCUUGAGAAGUCCCAAAAGGUGGGUUGUAAUUAAUUAUUUUGAGAAAUUGGCUUGUGCAAUGUAUAUAAGUUAUAAUAUGGGGUAAAAUAUAGAACUUACGUUUAA